AAGAUGCUAUACUAUACACGCAUAUCACUUUACAAAUAGAGUACUAAGAAGAGAGAGAGAGAGAGAGAGAGAUUAAGUAAUUAACUAUUUGAAGCUCAACCAUAAAUCAUAGCAGCGUUAGCGUGGCUUCAGAGAACGGUUUUUGGUGAGCUGUUUUAUGUCCUCUAAUUUAUUUUUAUUUUUUAUACCCAUGGCCUUCUGUCCAAUCGCAAUAAAUCCCCGUUACCCUUUUAUCUCCUCAUUCUCCCUCCGGUCUUCUUACUCUCAACGAUGUGGGAUCAGAGUGUGAAAUGAAACCAUGAGUCUCCUCUUUCCAACUUUGAUAAUCUCAUUGGUUAUUCUUCUCGUCACUGUUAACCAAUGUUGCGCUCUCAGUAGAGACGGUGUUCUGUUACUCUCCUUCAAGUACGCUGUGUUGAACGACCCACUCUACGUUCUUGCAAACUGGAACUACAGUGAUGAGACUCCAUGUUCCUGGAACGGAGUUUCUUGUUCCAACGAAAACCGCGUCACGUCGUUGUUGCUUCCCAAUUCUCAGUUUCUAGGUUCGGUUCCUUCCGAUCUGGGUUCUAUUGAACACCUUCAAAUUCUUGACCUUUCCAACAACUCCCUUAACGGGUCUCUUCCUUCGUCUCUCUCCCAAGCCUCCGAGCUUCGGUUCCUGAACCUGUCUAAUAACCUUAUCACAGGUGAGGUUCCGGAGUCCUUGUCUCAGCUUCGGAAUCUUGAGUUUCUUAACCUCUCCGACAAUGCCUUGGCGGGAAAAUUGCCUGAAAGUUUUUCCAACAUGCAAAACCUAACUGUUGCUUCGUUCAAGAACAAUUACUUGUUCGGCUUUCUUCCCAGCGGGUUAAGAACGUUGCAGGUUUUGGAUCUGUCUUCAAACCUCUUGAACGGUUCUCUUCCCAAGGAUUUCGGCGGUGAUAAUAUGCGUUACUUGAACAUCUCCUACAACAGAUUCUCCGGCGAAAUCCCGACGGAGUUCGCGGCGGAGAUUCCGGGGAACGCCACCGUUGAUCUCUCCUUCAACAACUUAACCGGCGAGGUUCCAGACUCCACUGUGUUCACGAAUCAGAAUUCGAAGUCUUUCAACGGCAACUUUAAUCUGUGUGGAGAAAUAACAAAGAAUCCUUGUCCUAUUCCUUCUUCGCCGUCGUCGGAGCCAAAAGCUUCUGCUCCUAUUUCUCCUCCUGCAAUCGCCGCAAUACCGAAGAGUUUCGAUGAUUCUCCUUUGGCGCCGACGGGGCAGAAACAGAGGGGUCUCAAACAAGGAACGAUCAUAGGAAUCGUGGUCGGAGACAUAAUCGGCGUGGGAAUCUUGGCCAUGCUGUGUGUCUACGUGUACCGUUUGAAGAAAAAGAAGGAUGCGGAGAGCACAAAGAAGAAGAACGAAGCGGCUAUAACAAGAAGCAGAAGCGAGAGUUCCUCGUCAACAACCUCAGAAUCCAGAGGCUUCACGAGGUGGUCGUGUUUGAGGAAGAGAACGGAAGAGGAAGAUUCUUCCGAGACAACAAGCUCUUCCGAAAGUGAAGUGGAGGGAGCCACGGCGGCGACACAUGAUAAUAAUAAUAAUAACAACACGGGGACUCUAGUUACUGUGGACGGUGAACGACAACUGGAGGUCGAAACGCUGCUGAAGGCUUCCGCGUACAUAUUGGGUGCCACGGGGUCCAGCAUAAUGUACAAGGCAGUUCUGGAAGACGGCACGUCGUUAGCGGUUAGGAGAAUCGGCGAGAGUGGCGUGGAGCGGUUCAAGGACUUCGAGAACCAAGUUCGGCUUAUUGCUAAACUGGUGCACCCUAAUCUGGUUCGCGUUCGUGGAUUCUAUUGGGGACACGACGAGAAGCUCAUCAUCUACGACUUCGUUCCAAACGGUUGCCUCGCCAAUGUUCGUUACAGGAAAGUGGGGUCCUCGCCGAGUCAUUUACCGUGGGAAAUCCGGCUCAAGAUAGCUAAAGGAGUGGCACGUGGGCUGACUUACCUCCACGAGAAGAAGCACGUGCAUGGAAACUUGAAGCCCAGCAAUAUUCUAUUGGGCAACGACAUGGAGCCCAAGAUUGGAGACUUCGGGCUUGAGAGGAUAGUGACGGGUGACACAAGCUAUAAAGCUGGCGGGUCCGCGCGUAUUUUUGGGAGCAAGAGAUCCACGGCAUCACGAGAUAGUUUCCAAGACAUGACGUUUGGGCCUAGCCCGAGCCCGAGCCCAAGCUCAAUAAGUGGUGUGUCUCCUUAUCAUGCUCCUGAGUCGCUCAGGAACUUGAAGCCUCACCCCAAGUGGGACGUGUACUCUUUUGGGGUAAUGUUUCUUGAGUUGCUAACGGGAAAGAUUGUGGUUUUGGAUGAUAUGGGCCAGGGUCCCGGGCUUUUGGUGGAGGAUAAGAACCGGGCCUUGCGCAUGGUUGAUAUGGUUAUACGGGCCGACAUGGAGGGUAGGGAGGAGGCCUUGUUGGCCUACUUCAAGCUAGGGUAUAGUUGUGUCUCUAGCAUUCCCCAGAAAAGGCCUCCAAUGAAAGAGGCACUACAAGUUCUUGAAAAGAUCUCAUCCUCCUUCUCUUCUUCUUCCUCUUAUCAUUAUAGCGUCUAAACCAUGAUUUGCCACACACUGGUUUUGUAGAAAGAAAAAAGAAAACAAAAAAAGUGUACUUAUGAUUGACUAAUAGGUUUUUGUGUUUGAUUCAAUAUUGUGUGUUGUAAUUGUGCCAAGUCCAUUGACCAUCUCUCUGCCAAUUCAUUUGCUAAUUGAUUUUUAAGGAAUAGAUUCUGUCUUCAUUCA